CCCCGCCCAUGCCUAAAAUCCUCCCUAGAGCCUCACCCACAGCUUUCCUCUAUGUCUACCACUCCUUACACUUAUAAUCCCUAUAGAUCUAUGUCCACGCCCACGAUCCUCCCUCAACGCCCACAAUCUCCCUAAAACCACGCCCAUAAUCCUCCCUAAAGCCACGCCUAUAAUCCUCCUUCAGCGCCUACAGUCUCCCUAGGGCCACGUCCCAAACUAUUACUCCUACAUCCCCACGCUAGUCCGUCCACACUAUGAGCCAAGCAAUAGAGAGACGUCGUGAUGUGGGCGCCCACGACGUCCUAUCCCCUUUCUACGCCCCUCCCGCCCGCAAGACGUCCGCCCAGAUCAUCCGGGAGGCACGGGCGUCCCUGGGUGGCACUGGCGAAUCUCCUAUCGUGGGCGGUGCCAGCGUCCAGAGGGUGGGCGUGCGGACGGUGCAGACCAAACGUCCCUUCACGCCCAGGGAGAGAGAGAGGACACUCUUCAGCUCUUCAGGCACCAGUCGGGGCGAACGUCCACCCAGCUCCUUCACUCUCUCGCCGCUGCACUUCGACAGUAAUGACGUGAGUGGUCGAACGUCGGCCUCGGGCACCAGACUACAGCCUAUCGCCUCCGGCAAAAUCAGGCCAGACGAGUCCGAGCAGAGCAAGUUACCUGCCCUUGUGUCAUCCAGGAGGGUUCAACGACACCAAUUUCGUGCCCUCUCUCUCUCUGACCUGCCGGAGGAGACAGAGGAGGGGGAAGAGGUGGGCCGCACACCCAGGAAAUGUCUUGGCCCCCCGCCCCGGAGCUCCACUAUUGCCACGCUACACACCCUGUCCUCUCAGGAGAGUGAAGAGAAGGAGGAUGAAGUGUCACAUAACUCCAGCCCCAGCCCAGAGUCACGCCCUGACGACAUCAAGAAGGUUCGUGUGGCUGGAGGUGAGCCAGAACUCGUCACCAACACACCGUUGUUCCAGCAGCUCCUCAACAGCAAUGAUCUAGAGGUGAGCGACCUAGAGUCCUCCCUAAGGCUCAAGAAGGAUCUGCGGCCCUCAGCAUACCCAGAGACUACUAGACCCCCGCCUGAACCUAGACCUCCACUACUGCAGGUCCAGCAGGGGAUAGCGGGCUUUCUGGAUGAUCCUCACCCAACCACAAAGAUUGGGUUCAAGUUCACAUCUCGAGGUAAGAGGUCAGAGAGGAAGAAGAGCGUCACUAAGCGUCCUGGGGUGGAUCGAGAUUGGCGCCAUGCUGUUGAAGGUCCAGCAUCAAACACACCCUCAGAGUCUGACAGUGCAGAGGUGGAACAGACGACUUCAGUUGCGAGUGUUCCCCGCGAGUCUGCUGUAGACCAGACUGUUUACUAUGAAGAGAAGAUUGCCCCCAUCCUCGACGAGAUCAACCGAGCAGUUAGCUGUGCUGUGGCCGAGGAUGUGCUAGGGGAGCUGGUAGGCAAGCUUUAUGGGUGCCUGGAGGCUGGAGGACUACUAGGACGUCAUUUCCGCUAUAGGUCACAGGUGUUGAGGGUAGUGUUCCGCCUGGUAGACCGAGAGCAUGGAGCCCUCCUUGCCAACAUUGCCAGGGUAAUGCUAGCGCUGAAGGUGUCUGGCAGCAACCUGACCUCAGUGUGCAAGCUGGUGUUCAAGGUGACCCGCCAUGAUGCCAAUGACUCCCUCUUCUUGGAAGGAAAUCUGCUUGAUCUGCUGUUAGAGGCUGUGGCAUGCGUGCCCCCCCUUGACCAGCCUGAGGCAUGUGUCUACGGCUAUGGUGCCCUCAAGUUCCUCACUAUGAACUCCCAGCUGGUGUCCAGGCUGUUAAACAGAGGGGUCCUGGAGCUGCUGGUGCUGCACAUGAAGCUGAUUGUUAAUCAUCAGCAGGAAAGUGGGAGUGUACCAGAGCAGACCCACUAUGCCUUGGUGCAGCUGACAGGGACACUGCGGCAUGUCAGUAGCUGUGAGAGGACUUUUCCGCUCCUGCUGGUGACUGGUGCUGUGCCCCAGGUGUGUGCCCUUCUGCAGCACUUCUCCCAUGACCAUGAUGUAACAGCUAAUGUGGUCAGGAUACUCAGCAUUAUCUCAACGCACGAGGAGUGUUGUGCAGCCGCGGCCGCACACCCAGCCACCCUCCCUGCUGCCGUGGCUGCCCUCCGCCGUCAUGCUGCUGCCCCUGCCAUCGUGGUGAGGCUGGCCUACGCUCUUGGCAACAUGAUGGCCAACUCGGAUGAUGCCAGAUGGAAGCUCUUCAGUGAGGAAGGCUUCACGGAGACGCUGCUUGAGAUUCUGACCGAGUACCUGCGACGUGACCGCCACCACCAGGCUGAAGAAAUGGUCGACCCUCUCACCCCUGCUAGUGGUACCCCAGAGGACGUCAUGGUCAAGCUGAUCCGUGUGCUGGCCAAUGUGUCGGUGCAUACACGUGUGGGACCUGUGUUAGCUCGCUCACGGACGUGCUUAUCUCUGUUGAUCUCCGUGCUCCAACACAAGGCAGUGGAUGAGAGUGAGGAGCUAGUUCUAUCUGCUCUGGCAACUCUGAAUAAUCUGACUUUCUACACCCGUGACCAGCCAAUCUCUGCCUUGCACACACAGCUGGCAGAAUGUUUGUGUGACAUGUUACCUAUGGACCACGUGGAGGGCUUGGUGGAGACUAUCCGGGUGUUUGGUAACUUGACCCACUUCAGGGACAUCCGGGACAUACUCACCAAACGGGCUGUGUUGGAGGUAUUGGUGGAGAUGUUAGACUGUGAUUCCCGAGAGCUAGUGUACGUGUGUGCUGGUGUUCUCGUCAACCUUAUGUCUGAUGCUUCAAGAAGAUCUAUAUUCAAAACUGAAAAUGGAGUUCUCAGAAUGAUUGAUGUGCUCCAGUACUUUGGCUAUGGAGACUGGCAGUUGUGUAGUUUGGCUUGCCAGGUGUUAUGGAACUAUUGUGCCUCAGCUGCUGAUGUGGAAGAAACACUUGGCCACAAAGAGACAGAAAAACUUAUCUUUGUAUUAGAGGAGUUUUUAGAUGAUGAUUCAUAUUUCAACAACCCUGAAGUAUUUGGUGAGUGUGAUCCAGAAACAAAGGACAUCGUCUAUCAGCUGUGGGAGGACUUUGCUCAUGUUGCCACAAAGCUCUUGGACCGUAUUGAAGAGAAUACUUCUGCACUUCCAGUUGUUGCAACUUCAUAAAAACUAAAUAGUUAUUAUUGUACAUAUUAAAUAUGGAUAUUUAUUAACUGUAUAAUAAUAUGACAAAGUAUAAUGCUUCAAUGUUAAUUUGUAUAUACAUUGCUCAUGCUCUUAUUAUUACGCUGCUCAUGCUCUUAUUAAAGAGAAAAAUUUGACAAAUAAAAUUUUGUACAUUAUAGUUAUUAAUGUCGCACUAUCGAAGGUAAUGUACAGUAAAUGAAGGAUUGAUCCUGUAAUCCUAUUUUUGACAGUGGUUAAAACGAGGCAGCUCGAGCAUAUGCACAUUAAGGCAUUUGAUCAAGGCUCAGGAGACCUUGACAUUAGUGGUUGGAACUAAUAGAUUCAUUAGUAUAGAUUUGUCAUAACCUUUGUCCUUUAAAUUUGUGUUGUUCAAUUAAUAUUAGACUGACAGAAAUCUAUACUGUAGUACAGUACGUACUUUAUUUACCCCAAACAUCAUCACUUUCAUUUUGAUCACCCCUGCACUCACCUCAACCUAAUAAGCUAGAGACACGUUGGGGCAUUAGUACCAACUGGACAAGAUUAUCAUUGAUGCCUAUAAGUGUCACGGUGCAUGAGUGUGUUAACUGCUACAAGGAGCUGUAUUAACAGAAGAAAAAACUGUCCAGCCUAGACUAUAUGUGGCUUGCCACCUAAAAACUAACUUGGUCCACUUGGAGAUGCAUACAAGUAAGUGUGACAUCAUGCCUUGGUAUCUUUCAAUUGCAACUGUUGCUUCUAAUAUUCAUUUUUAAAGUAGAUGUAGCCCCAGCCCCAAAAAUUAUUCGAAUGAAUUAAUCCUAGCCACUAAUGCCAAGGUCUCCUGGGGUUAGACCUAAUGACUGUGUUCACAUAAAUACAAGCUACCCGGUACCUAGUUAAGGAUGGUAGACCAUAAAAUAAAAUAAUAAAAUGUUUCUUUGCUUCAUACACAUUUGUGUAAUACAGUACAUGUACUACUGCAGCUGGGAUACCCGGCAUUACCCGGGACUGUGUUUAAUAAAGUAAAUUUAACCAGAAUGGAUGCAGCCACACCCUCAGCUCAAAUUAAAUGCCCAUGUAAAAAAAUUAAUAAAAUAACCAUACCUGUACUGAAUUUCAUCUAUAGGUUAAAAAUCUGUGGUCAUGCACAGGAGCCCCCCCCCCCCCUUAAACAUUCAGGAGUAUUCUGAAAACUAUUUACAUAAACAUACCAAAUUUCAGCUCUCAAAAACUGUGGCUGUACAUAGCAAAGAAACAGAAAAAUAUAGAUAUAUUUUAAAAGGUUUUCCACCUUUGAGGGUGGGGAUCAAUAACUAGGGCCAACCUUAAAAAAAUGUCCAUCUUUGUGACACUAUAGUGUGCAUGUACAUCUUCAUGCCAAAUUUCAGCUCUCUCUUCAAAUCUUAAACCAUGCAUAGUGAAAAAAAAAAGUCUCUUUUUUAUGAGUACGUACUAUAUAGACAAGAGUUAAUUGUCUAACACCUUUAGGCCAAACAACUUCUAUUUUUCUUAAUGAUAUAUCACUUACAUUAAGUGUAAUUAUCAUUUUCUGUAAUGUAAACAAGAUGUCUGCAUGAAACAAAUGUAUAUCACCAGUGCUGAUGUUUUUUGGAGGCCUUGUUUAAAAACAGUGUAAAUAGGCAAGUUAGUGUUGGUGUUUUAUAUACAGUAUGUAUACACUGUAUCAUUUAACAUGUUUUAAUAUGCAUAGACUUCACUACUGUGAAUGAUGAAUAGGGGAUCAAAUUUAAUUAAUCCAGAUGACUCCUGUUGGUACCCACACUGAUGUACAGUACAGUACUGAUAUUCAGUAACAUCUCAAUAUAGUCCAGCAUACAUAUCAACCCUGAAAGAUGAAAUUUAGCAUAUAAACUCUAAGUCCAUCUAUCAGUUAAUGUUAAAUAGUGGAAGUUAAUAAAAAAACUAAAUUCAACAUGCAGUAGAGGACCAAAAUAUGAGUAACAUGGGAAGGUACAAUUGUUGAAAAUUGAAUAUUGCAUCUUUACAGUCUGGACUGAUAAAUCUUGUUACAGGUGGCUGACAAAUUAGUUAAUGGUAGACAAUACACAACUUGAAUAAGUGAAAGAAUGUAGUAAGGUAAUGUGUAUACAACAGACAAGGCUUGUCAGGAACCACAGGCAAUAAUGCAAAUUCAACAUGAAAAAAAGCUGUUAAAAGUCAGUCAAAUAAGUUUGUACUGUACUGGUGGUUGAAAUUUACUUCCACAGCAAAUCCAGUUAGUCCCUUGCAUCAUGUAUAUUUGGGUUGUGGAAUUUCAUCUAUUUGGAAUCAGUGAAUCACAACCACUAAAUUCAAGGUACUGUAUGUCACAAAAUUCAACCUGACAGAAAAGGGGUCUUUAUGAGGAAAAUUUUUCCAUACGAAUGUUGCUCCAAUUAUUUACUGUAGAGUAGUGGGGGUCAGUGGGAAAAUUGGGUUCGAGUUACAGAAUUUCAGUGUGGAUAACUUUUCAAGAAUGUAUUUCAUUCAUAACAUGAGGGAUUAAUGUUGUUGAAUGUGAACCUUUACCCAAUCUGAAUUACAACUUGUGUAUCUUGUGGCUGACCUAGCAAUGGGAUAUCUAAGUUAUCUAGUUUGUGAGAUGUGCACUGAAUAUCAGAGAAAUCUUUUCAACUUUUGAUGGUGUGAUGUAUCAAACACACUUACUGUAACUAGGGGUAAUAUAGCUACAGCUCUGUUUACCUGUGUUAUAAAGCAAGGUUUGCUACACCAGUAUCUUUAAUGAGAUUGUAGUGAAUCUAGAUGCUACUCCAUGUGUAAAUGUAGAUGAAAUUGUAUACUGUAUAGACCUUAUACUGGUAACAAUUAAAUUAGUGGACCAAUAUGAACAGAUGACAUUUAACCCUUUGCACUAUUUGUUAAUGAAUUGUAAAAACCCAAUUAUGUUAAUAUUUGUGUGUUUCUGGCAAGAAAAUACAUGUACAGGUAUCCCUCGUUUAAUGAUCAUUCACUUAGCGAUUAAAAAUUUGAAACCCUUUCAUAUUUAACGAUUAUAAAUUUUUGGUCUAGCGAUCUUUGACUCACUGAGAAAAAUUCGGGAGGGGAGUCAGAAAAACUGGGGAUUCUGUGCUAUACUGUAUGUGCGUAUCAUUACAAUACUGUAAUGUGGCUUAGAAAUAAAGAAAAUACUGUAUACUAUAAAAUUAUAAAAUAAGAAAAUUAAGAGCAUGGGUGUACCAUAUAUGUGGGAAGUGAAUGCAUGUAUCCAGGCAGUGAGCUGUAACUGUGGCCAGCUGCACUCUCCCUCCCCCUGUGUUGCGUGUAUACAGUACUGUACAUACAAGUAUAUGUGAGGAAUAAGUAAAAAUUAUAAUAAAUAAAAAAAAAUACUGCAUUGCCAUUUGGCAAUCAUUUCACAGGACACAAGAGAGAGGACUGCAGAGAGAUCCCCCACGUCACUACCCCUCCCCCGCUCUGUGGGCUAACUACUGAGCACAUAAGAAAUGUUUAUUACCUUUAUGUUUUUUACCUUGUGAUAAUUUUCUGUUUCGUUAUCCCUCUUUUUGGAUAAUAUUUCUCAUUAUUCUUCGUUCAGUGAACAUUUUGCUUAACGAUCUGUUUUUCAGGAACACAACCCAAUUGUUAAAUGAGAGAUAUCUGUAGUACGUAUAUCAUUACACUGUAUUUAGAUGCAUCAUGGUUGUAUUGCUCCCAAAAGAGUUUUCUUAUCAGGUGUCACUAGUUGGACUUGACCUUUUAAUUGUAUUUUAGUUACUGGAUAUUGUUAAGCUAACUUAAGCUAAAAAGCUAAACAUCCUUUUAUGCAGUUAACAGUAAUUUGUGAGGUGGCAACCUCCAGGUGGGAAGGGUUAGCAUAGCCUAGGGCAUUAAUAGGGCCAGCUCAGUGUACACCAUACAUGAGCAACUCCAUGCUAACCAUUCCUAGUAAUGGGGUUGAAUCUAUGGUUCAUAGAUUAGAGUCCUAAGUACAAUCAACAUACUGUAUAUUGUAACUAGAGCUUGAGAUUUCAUCCACAAAAGUUACAUUACACCAUCUUGGAACUACAUAGAUGGUUAUUUUCCAAGUUAUGACACUAAUUCCUAAAGAGAAUGUCCUCUCCAAAAGUCUUGUCUGUCACCACAACCACAGGUAGUGUAUAUACUGUAAGUAAUGUAUUAUACCCUGGGUCCAACUGUGUGUACAUUCAUUGAUCUAUGUGUGUGUCAUUUUGUGUUAGUUUUAUUUGUUAUUUUAUAAACAAAUGUAGAGGGAGCACCAUUUUAGAAGAAGCUAUGAUUAUCAUCUACGAUGUGGAUGCUACUCCAGGCUUGUGUUGUAUGGUGACUGGAUGAAACUUAUACAGUAGUAUAUUGUAACCAACAGUACAUAAAUGUUUCAGCAAGGUUUGGAGGUUAAGUUAGACUUAACUACAGUCUGUUCUUCAUGGAAAGAUAAAAUAAACACUGCUCUUAUUUCUGCGUGACUUUGACAGUCUAUUGUGAUAGUGGUCAUAUGUAGCAGAAAUCAAGCCAUUUUACAGCUUCUAAUGGUUUUCAAGUUACUUUGUACUGGUUUACCAUGAAUCUCUUUGUGUAUGGGGUCCUCUCUCUACUGAAUAAAUUCGUUUUGGUAUUAGCCCCCAAAAAAAUAUUGUAAGUGGCAUCACUGUAGUGAAAGGGUUACCCGGUAAUAACAAAAAGUAUCAGUAAGAUGUCAGAUCAUGUGCCUGUUAAGAAAUCACAGUACAAAAUUAUACAGUUGUUCCUAUAAAGGCUACACAUACUCUGUCAGUCAAACAAGGAUUAAAUGAAAUUAUCAAAAUAUUUGCCUGUCAAUCAUUGGUGCCUGAGUUUAUGCACAAGUCAAACUUUUAAAACAUUGAGAUGCUUUUUAUGUAUCCUUGAAAUAAACCUGGUUUAGCUAUUGGUCAGGAUGGAAUAAGGUAACAUUGCCUGUAUGGAAUCAGUGCUUUCCAAAAUUCGCACAGUAAAGUCUGUCACAAAAAUCCACUUUAUGAAGUACUGUAAUAUAUUUUAUAAACGUUUUGAGCAUUCUAAAUUUGAAAUUUAAGUUUAUAGA